AUGACGAAGAAUAACUUGGCCGCUCAUCUUAAAUGGCUGUUGAAGCAAGCUCCACCUACAUGUCCUGCUCUUGUCAGCUUGCCUGAACGCAACGCAUCGCAAUCGGUUCCCCGCGCAGACGAAUCAACGACCCUCCAUGAUAUUCCGGAACAUGUGGACAGCGACGCGGACGAAGAAAUGGCCAGGCUUCUAUUCGCACCACAGUCUGCGAGCAAGCCUCGUAUGUUGAGUCGUCGCGACACGACCUCUGCCAACACGCCAUCAACGAAACAGCGCUCUUCCCCGAAGCCAAGCGCUCGAGCGGACAAUUUACGCGACCCUCCGGCGUCAUCACACAAGACUCCUCGACCAAAGCUCGAUCCGCUACGAUCAAAUAAUUCCGGCAGCUCUAAACACGACGCCAUUGAAGCCAUUGAUCUGACAGGAGUGCUUGGCCAGUCAAUCUUGUCGUCAAGCACAUCGGGGACUGUACGAUUUGGAGAACCGCGCGGGUUAUGGACCGAAGAAGUUACACCACGCGAAAAACGCGGCAAGAAGCGCAAGAGUGACGAGUAUACAUCCGAUCUUCUUUCGCCAUCGAAACAUGCGACCAAAAUGCGAAGUCCCUCGAAGGCUGCUCGGCAUCCAGCCACUAGAGAGGAAGCAGCUCUAGACUACCCCGAAGCAUCACUUCAGACGGCCCAGAAGAUUCCUUCGAACGCAGUGAAGCGAUCUGAAUAUAAUUCUCCGGUGGCUCCUCGCAGCCAUCGAAAGCAGGUGAUUGCAGACUCGGAUGAUGAUGAUGAGGAUAUAUUCGACGACUGGGUCGGCGAUGAUACCCAUGUUGAUGAUAUGGUACUAGAUACCGAGGAAUCAUUGUACCCGAUACUUCCUGAAAUUAGUCCAGCUGGUGACGGGAAAAGAAGUGAUAACUGGGAUUCACGGUCUGAUAUGACACCAAAAGCACCAGUACCGCCUAUGCAACCUCCGAAUCGAUCGAAACAAAAAACGCCUUCGCAAGACCCUACCCCGUCGACGCCAUGGUCAAAACCAGCUAACUCACAAGAGAAGGAGCCGGGUCUUUUUAAGCUCCUAUCUCUUGGUUAUAACUCUUUCCCACAUGCAAUCACCAAGCUCAGGGCUACUCUACAGAGGAACUCGGAGAUUGUAUACCAGCAGGUCAUGGAAGGCCAAAUCGACCAAGAACUUGUCGCCGAGAACAAGAAUAUUGUUGCUCAAGUUGGGAUGAUUGAAGAGCUUCAGAAACACCAAGCAGCGCACAAGACUUGCAUUUCCCGGAAGCAAGCCUUGAAGCAGAACCUGAUACAAGCGAUCUCCCAAGGUCUAGAUCCAACCACUAUGCCCGAAGAGCUUGCACAGAGUCGAGCGGUCGAGGCUGAGUUGGAAAAAAUCGAAACCAAGAUUUCUGAGCUGCUUCCACAGGCCAAGAUCCUCGACCUGGUGGAUGACUGCCCUCUUGUACCGGAACCAUCGUCUGUGGAUAGCAUUGAAUCGUCAUUUGAGACUCGCACGACAGCACAGGAGCCACCCUUAUCUUCGUGGGCCAAUGCUCCCCAAGAAGUUCAACCAAGCCGUCAUGUGCCUGUCAUGAGCCCUAAAAGACCACAAGAAACACAGCGUCACAAAUUCAAUGAUCAAUCUGUUACUCGGAAUAUGGGGUCCCCACCGCUUACUUCAAUGGAUUUUGAUGACUUUGACUGGAAUGCCAGUGACGAUGAGAUGCUAGAAGUGACCGGGAGCUUUGAUCAAGGUCACCCAAGCUCUAUGCCAGAAAAGGCUAGCCAGAACCGUAAGGUAUUUGCAGAGACAUCUGGAAAUACCCAGAAGGCACCUGCUCCAAAGAAGUCACCUGGGCGUAGCGCCUUCUGGUCGAAUCAUCCCUGGUCUCACGAGGUGAGGACGGUUCUUAAAGAUCGAUUUCACCUUCGUGGGUUCCGACCCAAUCAGCUGGAGGCUAUUGAUGCAACACUUGCCGGAAAAGACACUUUCGUUCUCAUGCCCACUGGUGGAGGAAAGUCUUUGUGUUAUCAGUUGCCUUCAAUUGUGACUGGCGGCCACACUCGCGGUGUGACUAUCGUGGUAUCCCCUUUGCUGAGCUUGAUGGAGGACCAGGUGUCACACCUGCACAAGUUGAACGUCAAGGCCUUUAUGAUGAACGGUGACACUGAGAGAGAACAGCGAUCGUGGAUUUUAAGCCAACUCUCCUAUGCCGAUGGAGAAGACGUGGAGGUGCUGUAUAUCACCCCUGAAAUGAUUAACAAAAAUCAAACUUUGGUCAAUGCCCUGGAGAAGCUCAACCAGAAAAAAAGACUGGCCCGUCUUGUCAUUGAUGAGGCUCACUGUGUUAGUCAAUGGGGUCAUGAUUUCCGCCCUGACUACAAAGAGCUGGGAGAAGUCCGAAGCCGGUUGCCCGGUGUACCUCUCAUGGCCCUCACAGCCACAGCCACAGAAAAUGUAAAAGUGGACGUCAUGCAUAACCUCAAGAUGUCCGGAUGUGAGGUAUUCUUGCAGAGUUUCAACCGUCCAAACCUUACAUACGAAGUGCGGCCAAAAGGGAAAAACGAUGAAGUGUUGGCCAGCAUGGCAGAAACCAUCACAAGUUCCUAUCGAAACCAGUGUGGAAUCAUCUAUUGCCUCUCUCGAGCAACUUGUGAGAAGGUUGCCGAAGAUCUACACAAGAAGUAUCGCCUCAAAGCGGCUCAUUAUCAUGCCAAAUUGACACCACCACAAAAAUCAAAGGUGCAGUCCCAAUGGCAGGCGGGUCAGCUGCACAUCAUUGUGGCAACUAUUGCCUUUGGAAUGGGAAUUGAUAAGCCUGAUGUACGAUUUGUCAUGCACCACAGCAUCCCAAAGAGUCUCGAGGGGUACUACCAAGAGACUGGGCGGGCUGGUCGAGAUGGCAAGCGUUCUGGUUGUUAUCUCUACUACGGCUACAGAGACAGCGCAACUUUGAAACGCAUGAUUGACUCGGGAGAUGGUAGCUAUCAACAAAAGGCACGCCAGAAGCAAAUGUUGCGGAAUGUGGUCCAAUUCUGUGAGAACCGCAGCGAUUGCAGACGCGUGCAAGUCCUCGCAUACUUCAAUGAGUACUUCCGACGGGACGAUUGUAACAACACCUGCGAUAAUUGUAAGUCUGAUUUGGUGUUUGAAGUCCAUGACUUCACGGAGCAGGCCUCAUGGGCAAUCAAGAUUGUGCGACACCUACAGACGGAGAAAGCAAAAGUAACUGUUCUUUAUUGUGUGGACAUACUUCGGGGAGCUUGCAAAACAGCGAAGGAUCCAUCGCACCGCAAAAUGGCAGGGUAUGGAAAAGGUGCAAACCUCGACCGAGGAGAAGCUGAACGUUUAUUUUACCGGUUGCUUGGCGAAGACGCACUGGCUGAAGACAACGUCAUCAACAAGAAGGACUUCGCGGUUCAGUACAUCAUUCUCGGUCGCCGUGCAGCUGAGUAUGAGUCUGGCAAGCGGCGAAUGGAGCUAGAAGUCCGCGCUUCUCCGAAUAGCAAGGCAGCCAAGGCUAAGGCCAAAAGCAAGGUGGCUGGACAGAAAUCAAAACCUGGUACUCAGGGUGCUCCUCAUUCCACCAUGGUCUCAUCGCCAGUGAUCGCUGCUCAAGAUCGUCGCACGGAGCGCUUCCAAUACACGUCCGCCCCAGUUCGUCCUCCGGCCUAUGAUGACAGUGACGAUGGAUUCGAACCAAUUCGAACCAACAGCCAGCCUCGUCGUGGGAACACACAUCAGCCGGGGCCCCCGAUCACCUGCGAUCAACGUCUAGAGAACCUUGAUCAUCUGCAUCGUGCAGUCGUGGAAGGCUUCGAGGUAAAUGCCAAAGACUAUCUUCAAAAGCUCGUUGUGGAAAAGAACCUUCGUUCCCAGCCAUUCUCUGAUCAGAUGUUGCGUGAAAUGGGAAUUUCAUUCCCCCGAGGUCUUGAGGGGCUUGCCAGAAUCCCGAACAUUGACCAGGACAAAGUGAAGCGCUAUGGUCGAGGGAUACUCAAACUCAUUGGGCACGCAAAGCGGCGAUAUGAUGAAAUGACACAAGAGGCAGAAACUGACGGAGUUGUUCCGGACCCCAAUCACCAUAAUGUCAUCAAUCUCAGCAGCAGCGACGAGUACAGCGACGAUGACCUAUUCAUAGAUGACAUGAAUGGCUUCGCACUGGACAAUCCUGUUCAACCCGCACCUAUCAAUGUCACGGACAACAUCACAAGCUGCUAUUUCCCACCACCAUCUCCAGGGUUUGACUCUGGAAAUGACUACGACGACGGCCAGUCCGCUGCUGGCUCCAAAGGUCGCAAACGCGCGCCUGGAAAACGAGCACCCCGACGAAAGUAUGGCUCAACUGGCAGCUUCAAAGGAAAAGGCUCGCGAUCGAAAGCUAAGUCAGGGGACCGACCUCCGAGCCAGUCUGGAUCACGAAAAAAUGCUAGAUCCAAAACCCCAAAACCCACGAUUGGAAUGAUGCCUAUCUGA